UCAAAUAAAUUAUAUCAAUUCUGGAAAUCAAUGAUUGAAUCUUCUGAAUUAUUUUACUGGCAAAAUUGGGAAGACUUUAAUAUUAGAUUUUUGGCAUUAAAAUUUUGUUUACUCUCUGUUUAUGGCUAUAAAGAAAUUAACGGAUGUGAUUUUUUAAAAGGUGCUUAUUGUGGUGAUAUGCUUAAAGACAUUAUCAUAAAGAUUCCGGAAUGGAAUACUAUUCUUUUAAUAAAGGAGAAAAGUCUUGCAGUUUACAAAAAUGGAGAGUCAGCACCAUUUGAUGGGUUUAGUUAUAUUCAACUUAAAACUACCAACAGCAAGGAUGUAAUUAUGGCUUGCUUACAGGCUAAAUGGAGAAAAUUAGAAACUGCACAACCUCAGAAGAUUACGGAUAGUAUGAUUAAAAAAGAAUAUGAUUCUACAAAAAAGGCACUUGCUGAUAACCUUACAAAUGAUGACUUCAUUUUUGUUUUAUUAUCGAUAUGUCCAUUGAGUAAUGAAAUAGAUAAUCCCUCUACUUUAUUAAAAGAUUUCAAAAAUGCCGCUUUAAUAUGCAAGAACAAUUUUCGUACCUUUUAUGGUUUUACUUAUGCAACACGGGCUCAUUUAGCUGCAGAACAAGAAAAAGUUAAUAUUAAUACAGCUGAUAUUUGGGAAUUAAGAUUAAUAAAAGGAGUAGGAGAACAGUUAGCAGACGAUAUUUCUCUAAUGCGUAAAAGGAAACGUUUUGAUAAUGAAGAUGAUUUAUGCAAGCGCACAAAAUUUCCAAAACUUGCCGUGUCAUCGGUUAUGUUUAAAUGA